AUGCCUAAGAAGAGGUCCAAGAAAAGCUCGAAAAAACAGUCGGCUCCAGCGUCAAAUGCCCCGAAGCAAUCGAAAAUAGUUGCAGCCAAAGCCGUUUUGGACGUAAUCAUGGAUUUCCAGGCUUUCUCACACUACACUCGCAACGGAAUUAACGUGUCCAUCCGCGGUUCGCAGUCCAAAGACUUGUCGGAGGCCACACGCGCGAGUGUCGUGGCUCUCUUUGAAAAUAACAUGAAGACUUUGUAUCAGACAUCGGACUGGGGCUACAAUUCAAUUGCAAAACACACGGAGCUAUUCGAGGACGACGCACGCUAUCUCUUGGUCUACGACGAGAGCGACCUGGUUUCAAAUGCCUUGACAUCACUUGUAGGCUUUGCUCACUUUCGUUUCGUGGAGGAUGACGGUGCCCUAGUCUUGUAUCUCUACGAGAUUCAACUGGCUACUAGAGUGCAGCGCCACGGACUCGGAAAGUUUCUGAUGCAGCUGCUGCUGUUGGUGGCGAGAAAACAAGGGAUGGAGCUCGUCGUGCUCACGGUGUUCAAGAACAAUACGGAGGCCAUGAAGUUCUAUAGAGAACAACUCGGUUUUGAGAUUGACGAGACGUCGCCAAGUGCAUGUGGAGAUGACUCGCAGGAUUACGAAAUUCUGAGCAAGAGCGUCCUACCGAUCAAGUAG